GUGGGGGAAGGUGGGAUCCCGUUUGGCUUUUGUUGCUUUGGUUGGCUCGUCGUCCUCCUCCUCCUCCUCCACAUUCAGAUCUGUUGUAUGCCCAUCGCCCUCCUCUUCUUCAUCUCCCUUGCCUCGCAGGGCCUCUUCUCUUCGCUUCUUCUGGUUCUCCAUAUCUCCAACUGAAAGGUAGAGAGAGAGAGAGAGAGAGAGAGAGAGAGAGCAUUGAGCCGUUUUAUUACACACCCUGUGGUGCCGUUGCUGUUUCGGAUUCCUCACACUAACGUGCUUCGCACAUGAGAGAGCAACUGUGAUCAGGAAUUUUGGGUUCCAUAGCGGGCUUGUCUAAUCUUCUAGGCCUAGAUCAUGGCGUCUUCCGUCAUGGCUCUCCUGCCGAUCUGCACGCUCUUGCUGCUUGCCCUUUCCUACCCCGCCGCGGCUUUCUACCUGCCUGGCGUCGCUCCCCAGGACUUCGAGGAGAAUGAUCCUGUUACAGUAAAAGUGAACAAGCUUACAUCGACCAAGACGCAGCUGCCAUACAAUUAUUAUUCGCUCGAUUAUUGCAAACCUCCUAAGAUUAAGGACUUCGCUGAAAAUUUGGGAGAGGUGCUUAGAGGCGAUCGUAUCGAGAAUUCGCCGUAUCAGUUUGAAAUGAGAAAUGAUCAGCUGUGCAAGAUUCUCUGCAAGAAAACGUUCUCUGCGGAAGCGCUCAACAACUUCAAGGAUAAAAUUGAAAACGAAUACCGUGCCAACAUGAUUUUAGACAACCUGCCUGUAGCUGAACCGAAGCAAAAGCAUGACAAUGGGCAAGCUAUUAAGCUGUACGAUAAGGGAUUUCUUGUUGGGUUUAAAUAUCAGGAUAGCAAAAAGUUCUACAUCAACAAUCAUCUUGCCUUUACUGUGCUGUUUCAUCCUAUCGGUGAUGGCAAUGCCCGUAUUGUGGGCUUUGAAGUGAAAGCAUACAGCGUAAAGCACAAAUAUGAUCGUUGGGAGGAUCAGAAGACGAAAUUGUCUACCUGCAACCCCAACACCAGGACUUAUGUGACAUAUGGUCAGGACCCCCAGGAGUUAGUUGAAGGCCAUGAAGUGGUUUUCACUUAUGAUGUGUCGUUUCAGGAAAGUGACAUCAAGUGGGCAUCUCGCUGGGAUACAUAUUUGUUGAUGACAGAUGAUCAAAUUCAUUGGUUCUCCAUUGUUAACUCCCUCAUGAUUGUCCUAUUCCUCUCCGGUAUGGUGGCGAUGAUCAUGAUGCGUACUCUCCAUCGUGAUAUCUCCAAAUACAACCAACUCGAUGAAGAGGAUCUUCAGGAAGAAACUGGAUGGAAACUUGUGCAUGGAGAUGUAUUCAGACCACCAAAUUAUGCUGGUCUCCUCUGUGUGUACGUAGGCACAGGGGUGCAAUUUCUUGGAAUGGCCGUGGUCACUAUGAUUUUUGCACUUUUUGGUUUCCUUUCCCCCGCUAAUCGCGGUGGAUUGAUGACUGCCAUGUUGCUAUUAUGGGUAUUCAUGGGGCUGUUCGCUGGGUAUGCCUCAUCACGAUUGUACAAGACGUUUAAGGGCACCGACUGGAAGGCUAACACUCUAAGAACAGCACUAAUUUUUCCUGGAAGCAUUUUUGUCAUUUUUUUCAUCCUCAACGCGCUUAUCUGGGGCCAGAAGUCAUCAGGGGCUAUACCUUUUGGAACAAUGUUCGUUCUUAUGUUCCUCUGGUUCGGUAUUUCUGUCCCCCUUAUCUUCGUUGGUAGCUAUUUUGGCUUCAAGAAGCCAGCUGUCGAUGACCCUGUGAGGACAAACAAAAUUCCUCGACAAAUUCCUGAGCAGGCUUGGUAUAUGGCACCCAUAUUCUCCAUCCUCAUUGGUGGAAUUCUUCCCUUCGGAGCCGUCUUCAUUGAGCUCUUCUUCAUCUUGACAUCAAUUUGGCUCAACCAGUUCUACUACAUUUUCGGGUUCUUGUUCAUUGUCUUCUUGAUACUCAUCGUCACUUGCGCGGAGAUCACCAUUGUACUUUGCUACUUCCAGCUGUGCAGUGAGGACUACCAUUGGUGGUGGAGGGCUUAUCUCACUUCAGGCUCCUCGGCUAUUUACCUGUUCCUGUAUGCCACUUUUUACUUCUUCACAAAGCUCGAUAUCACGAAGGCCGUUUCUGGCGCUCUUUACUUCGGAUACAUGGUGAUUAUUGCCUACUCUUUCUUCGUCCUCACAGGAACAAUGGGGUUCUAUGCUUGCUACUGGUUUGUGCGGAUGAUUUAUGCAUCAGUGAAGAUCGAUUAAGCUUCAGAUUCCCAUCUGAGUUAUCGUCAAGCGGAGAGUACCUAGAAGAGCGCCUGUAGACCAAGACUAGGCAAUAUUUCUUAAAUUUUUGGUCACAGGAGUGCACAUCUUGUCAACUUAACACUGGUCUUAGCAGAUUUCCUCGGCCAUUACCAAUCUUGCUUUCUCCAUAGCCUGUGGCGACAUGGAUGGCUGAGUGUGGACUGACAGAGAGUGGGCAUUAGGGCUCAGAUUAGCAGAGCAGCACUGAAAUAAGUAGCAACCAUAUUCUUAGUCCACAUUGACAUGGAGGUUGUCCUUGUCUUUUGACAAAUGCUUCACCCCUUCAAAAUGUCGAUCCCUAAGGUCUGAUUAGUUUUUCAAGAUUUUUUCAAAUUUAAUGAUAGAUUUAAAAAUCCUCCUUCCCUCUCCCUCCAGCAUGCAUCUCACUUUCUUUGGUCAAGGCCAGCAAUUGCUAAAUACUUUUCAUGCGUUUGUACUGAUACACGGCAAAGUUCUAGUAAAUUUUCAUCAGAAUCUGAUGAGAUGAUAAGAAGGAUAUUCUUUCA